ACUUUAAGGGCACAUAGUCCCCUCAAUGUACCCUCAAACUAUGCACCCAAAAUUUGAGCUCGAGCCCUAUAAAUUCUUGCACAAGUUCUUGGAUAUUGGGUGCUUGAAUUAGGGUUUUGAUUAAUCGAUCAGUCGAUCAGAUUGAGUUCGGAUUGAGAUCGAGAUGCAGAAGAAGGUGAUCGAGAUGAAGAAGAAGGUAAUGGGGAAAAGGUUUGAGAAAUGGAGGAGGGUGGUGAGACAAGUGAGAGGAAAGCUCUACAUUGUGAGAGUUUGCAUAACUAUGCUUCUUUGUUGGGACAAGUAUUCUUAACAAUGUAAUUAACCUAGUUUUAAGGUUGUUCCUUUUUCUUUUGUGGUAGUGUGCCCUUAAUUAAGUAUAAUCUUCCUCAAACAUGUAACCUAAUUUUAAGGUUGUUAUUCAUAG